AUGGCAGAGGUUUCAAAAAAGAGAUGCGAACAUAACUCGGAUUCCCAGUGCGAAGGGUGCAAGGCAAACGAUAAGGCCUGUGAGGCCAGGGAUAAGACGAAGGAAACAGCAGGAUCAGCCAAGGACAAGACAAAGGAAACAGCAGGAUCAGCCAAGGACAAGACAAAGGAAACAGCGGAAUCAGCCAAGGACAAGACGAAGGAAACAGCAGGAUCAGCCAAGGACAAGACAAAGGAAACAGCGGAAUCAGCCAAGGACAAGACGAAGGAAACAGCAGGAUCAGCCAAGGACAAGACAAAGGAAACAGCGGAAUCAGCCAAGGACAAGACAAAGGAAACAGCAGGUAAUGUCAGGGACAACGUCGAGAAUAAGGACAAGAAUGAGGUUUAUGAGAAUAUCAAGGAAGGGGGAAGUAAGGCAUGGAAUAAAACAAAGGAGGUUGCGAACAGCAUGAAGGAUGGAAUUAAGGACCUCGCCAAUAAAGAUGAGCAAAAGAAGUGA